UCUCUGUCUCUCCUUGAAAAACCAGUUGAUCACUCGAAAGCUGAAGAUUGGUUAGAAUCCGAUCAUCUAAAUCUGAAGAAUCCCUUUAUAUAUUGGUCUCGAUGAUAUUCUGCAGAACAAAAUAUUGAAGUUUGUUGGUCCAUGAUAAAAGAGAGCAGCAAUGGCAAACAUUCGGGCACAUGGGCAGGUUAUCCUUCAAGAUCAAAAUUUGAGCAUUCAUCAUAAAGGGACUUCUGUUGAUGGAAAAGUGAAGAGUUCUAAAGAAACUAAGAAGAAAGGUGCAGGGGGGCUUGGCCUUCGGAAAGCCCUCAAUGAUAUUACCAACGCAUCUCGUCUUCGUCAAGAGGCCUCAUCAAAGAAGAAGAAUAAUUUGAAGGAGUUCAAUAUUGCUGAAGAAAUGUGUUUGCACGAUCACAGAAAGUGCAUGGAGGCACAGAAAGCAGCUAUGGAUCGUUCUCGUCAGGAUAGAUUUCUUUUAGAUCAUGAGAUGGUAUCUCCAGUUGCAUCUCCAAAUUCCAAAACAUCAAAGGCUGGUGUUGAUAGCCCUCCCAGGUCUCCAAAGCUGAUACCAUCACCUGAACUGCCAAAGUCUUCAUGGUUGUGCAGGGAGUCUCCUCCUCCUUCUCCAGCACGAUUCGAGCUACUUAUUUUUGAUUUUGUUCUCAAGCCAGAUGCCAACAAGUAACAGGGUACCAUCUGGUAGACAGCCAACUCGACCAUGGUUGAGCAGGGAACCUCCUUAUUCCCCAGUGCAAUUUGAGCCACUCUUUGGUUUUCUUCUUAAGC